GAUCUAGCCCGGAACUGGAUCUCCGGCAUGUUACAACACGGUGCUGGUCUCACGGCUCUCUGCUGCCCGACGGUCAACUACUACAGCAGAGUUGUCCAUAACGUCACGGCUCCAAAACACGUGACCUGGGACGUGGACAACCUCUCGGCCUUUGUGAAUGUCAAGGUCAUAGGAAAGGACGUAUGGAUAGAAAACAGAAUCCCAGGUUAAGCAUCCAAUCCGUAUCUUGUUCUCCUCGCAACUAUAGCCGCAGGGAUCGAUGGGAUCGAGCAAAAUAUGACGUGUCCGGAUAAAUUUAGAUCUGGUGCCCUGAAAGUUCCACAAUCUCUAGAGGACGCACUUGUCGGACUGCAGACAGACAAAGUCUUAGAAGACGCUCUCAUGUCUCUACUUCUGAAAGCUUUCCUUGACAUU